AUGGCAAGCCCCCGAGGCGUGGCCAACAUCCUCGCCAAGUCGCCGGCCGACGUGGUCAUCCUCUCGUCGGUCCGCACACCCGUCACGCGCGCCUACAAGGGCGGCCUCAAGGACGCGUACCCGGAGGAGCUGCUCGCGUGCGUGCUCAAGCAUGUGCGGGAGCGCAGCGUGCCGGGGACGGACCUGGGCGCACUGAUCGAGGACGUGGGCGUGGGCGUGGUGCUCUCGGAGCUGGGGGGCUCCAAGGCGGCGCGCGCGGCCAUGAACCACGUCGGGUACCCGAGCUCGACGGCCCUCUUCACCGUCAACCGGGCGUGCUCGUCGUCGCUGCAGGCCGUGGCCGCCGUGGCCGGCGAGAUCCGGGGCGGCAUGGCGCGCGUCGCCGUCGCCGCGGGCAUGGAGAGCAUGACGCGCAACUACGCCAGCCGCGCCAUCCCAGUCGACGCCUGGCCCGCGCUGCCCGCCUCGCCCGUCCGCGACGCCAGGGACUGCCUUAUGCCCAUGGGCCUGACGAGCGAGAACGUCGCCGAGCGCUACGCCGUCUCGCGCCCGGACCAGGACGCCUUCGCCGCCGAGUCGCACCGCCGCGCCGCCGCCGCCCGCGACGCCGGCCUCUUCGACGCCGAGAUCGUCCCCGUCGCCACGCGCUUCCAGGAGGUCGACCGCCAGGGGGCCAAGGUCGGCGCGGAGCAGCGCGUCACCGUCGCCAGGGACGACGGCAUCCGCGAAAACGUCUCCGUCGAGGCGCUCGCCCGCCUGAAGCCCGCCUUCAAGCCGGGCGGCGCCUCGACCGCCGGCAACUCGAGCCAGGUCUCGGACGGCGCCGCCGCGACGCUCCUCAUGAGCAGGGGCACCGCCACGCGCCUCGGCCUGUCGGACAGGAUUAUCGGCAAGUUUGUGUCCGCGGCCGUCGUCGGCUGCGCGCCCGACGAGAUGGGCAUCGGGCCCGCCCUCGCCAUUCCCAAGCUGUUGGCGUCGCAUGGCCUGGCCGUCGGCGACGUGGACAGGUGGGAGAUCAACGAGGCCUUUGCGAGCCAGGCGCUUUAUUGUUUGAGAAAGCUGGGCCUGGAGGACGCCUGGGCCGCCGGCAGGGUGAAUCCGACCGGUGGUGCUAUUGCCUUGGGUCAUCCCCUCGGCGCCACGGGCGCCAGGAUGACGAGUACCUUGGUGCAUGGCAUGAGGCGGGAUGGUCAUGAUUUGGGCGUUGUGAGUAUGUGUGUUGGCACCGGCAUGGGCAUGGCCGGCCUGUUUGCGAGGGAGGCGUGA